AUGAGCGAGAAUAACUCCAACUGUGUUAAGGUCUUGGAGACAUUAACUGGUGAUACUACUAUAAUGGAAGAAGGCAUUUUUAGAGAGGAAAUCACUAAGAUGGAGAAGGACUUUCUAACCCCGAGGACGCCGCCAAAGGAAUUUUUACGAUUACUGAUUGCUUAUAUUGCCGAACGAAGAUCCACAGACACUAACCAUUUGCUUAAUUAUGUUUCUUUAACUACAUCCUUUUCAGAUCAACAAAAUAGCGAGUUGGAUCAAAGGAACAGUGCGCUUUUGAAUCAAGCGCUUUCCCAGAUGGUUUUCAUUCCUAAUACACAACGAGCUAUGGAUUAUGCUAGAAUCGCCAGGUUUGAUUUGAAAGAAAGUGGAAAGACGCCUAGCAUUGCUGAUAAGAAGGUCAAGGUGCAGCGGGUUUUUGAAAUGAUGGCCGGUGAUUGGUAUACUCUUCUGGUGAACAUGGGAAUUUAUGCUGAAAAUUCAGAAGAUUGGCGGUUAUUUACUCUCUUGGAACAAGCAUGUGUUGAGGCGCGAGAAACCCAUCAUUAUCAAGUCUAUCUUAAGUACUUGCACCAUCGAGUUGAGAAGGUGAAAGACGAGGUGGGACUUUCGACUAACGCAUCCGACCAUACAAUAACGAACUUUUUAGCUCGUGAACGCGGAUGGGAUCCAAUACCUCAAAAACGCAGAAGGGAUCCAAUACCUCAAGACGACGAUUCUAUGCGUGAAGUACCGGUUGAACUUGAUUGGAUGAACAGUUAUUGGGCCAUCAAAUGCUUGCUUACUACGCCUUGUCUUGACGACCCAAAAUACAAGUUUGACUCCACGACUGAUGAUAAGGCUCGAUGUGGGUAUCAUGCUCAAAUGGCUCGAUUACUUCAGCAGCACGACAUGCAUGCUGGAUUGCCAGAAUAUAACCCCAAUCCAAAUGGGUUAACACCCGACGAGAAGUUUAUUGAUACUAUGCUAACCAUAUUAACUUCUCAUACUAUUGCCGAGCAAGCCGAGAUUUACAGAAACCCAAAUGUGCCUCAAAACCAAGAGGUGAUAACCAACCAAAAGAUGGCUAUUAGGGAGGCAGCACUAGAAUACAUGACAUAUUUAAAACAGGUUAGUCAAAUGGAUGUGGAUAAACUAUGCUACGAGGCCCCAUCUACGGCUGCUUACCAACACCUACUAGAACUAAAGAAGAAGAAGGCUAAGACAAUACUAAACUUGCUUAACCAGUCUGAUGCGAACAGAACACUACCGCCAGCUGCGGAGUGGUUAACCACAAAAGUUAUCAAUGCCGAAAACGAAAACCCAGCUAGUCUUCUUGACCGCCUUAAGUACAAUGAGCCUACGACGAUAGGUAGUUCGGUGAAAAGGUUUCUCCAUACUAUGUCCCUAUACGCACUCUUUUUCGUGUCUAUCUUCCUUACCAGCUUCAUGACUUAUAUUAGUGUGAUGUAUUGUUAUUGGCUAAGUGACUUUAAUAUCAUGUUUGGCCUAGUUAAUAUCGUUACAUUGUUGAUGGCCAUUCUAUCUUUAGUCCAAAUAAUGAAGAUAACUAGUAUUGCCCGGGCCGAGAAAAAGAGUCCCUAUUCCGUGCUUACAGAUAUGCUAGCUCCUCUCUUGUUAGUUACUUUUGGCGCAGUUGCCCUAUCUACCUUGGUGUUUUAUCAGGCGGAGAACAUUUCAUUGAACUUGCAUGUCAACCUUCAAGUAGGCCUUUUCCUGCUUAGUCUGGCAUCUUUAUAUCUUGGUUGGACAAAGAAGGAGGAAGAUACUACAACUGGUGAGCAUAAGGUAGGAUUUUGGAAAAAGACAGGCGGUCGUUUAAAAGUGGUAUUUGGGUUUGAUUAUUCCUUUGAGGAUGUUAAAGCGAAGAUUUUACAGUGGGGAUUUGCCACAAUAGUUCAAGUUUUGUUUAUUAUCUUGAUUGUGGUUUUGGUGCUCUGCUGGACUAAACUGCCUGCUAUGGAUGACGUCAUUAAAACCAUCCAUGCAAAGGUCGUGGCAUACAACAACAAUUUGCAGGGUCAAACUCCCUAA